CUGGCUGUCAAUUUUAAUUUCGAAACGUCAAGAACGUUAGUGUAUCUCACAACUUUUUCGAAUAACAAAAACAAAUUUAGUAAUAUUACCUUAGUUUCGUGAAGUUUUAGGGAACCUUUAAGUUGAGACAAAUAAUCAUCUACACACUACGAAAAUAAAUUGAAGAAUACGUAGACAAACACGGUAUAGUGCAACUAAAACAAAUUAUUACAAAAACUUAUGGUAAUUUGUGCAAAAUGGCCUUAAAUUAUGUUCGCCACAUGUUUAAAGUUAUAUCUACAAACUCUCAAAGAGUUCAUUCGAAUAUACGAUACAUAAGUUCGACGAAUCCAGUUCGACUUGGAAUGAUACCAAUCGUUGUGGAACAAACUGGAAGAGGUGAGAGAGCGUACGACAUUUACUCAAGACUUUUACGUGAACGGAUUAUAUGUUUAAUGGGUCCUAUAAAUGACGACAUUAGUUCAUUAGUUGUUGCUCAACUUCUCUUCCUUCAGUCUGAAUCUAGUAAAAAACCAGUACAUCUUUAUAUAAACUCUCCAGGUGGUAAUGUAACAGCUGGUUUAGGCAUAUACGAUACUAUGCAAUAUAUUACUCCACCAGUAGCUACAUGGUGUGUAGGUCAGGCGUGCAGUAUGGCAUCGUUGUUGUUAGCAGCUGGAGCACCGGGCAUGCGUCAUGCAUUGCCUAACUCACGUAUAAUGAUACAUCAGCCAUCGGGUGGCGUUAGAGGUCAAGCAACAGACAUCCAGAUUCAAGCUGAAGAAAUAUUAAAGCUCAAAGCUCAGAUUAAUGCAUUGUAUGUAAGACAUACAGGCUUAGAAUUAGAAAAAGUGCAGACUUCGAUGGAGCGUGAUCAUUUUAUGUCACCCCCGGAAGCAAAGGCUUUUGGUUUAAUAGAUAAUGUUCUUGAACAUCCUCCAUCUCACGCAAUGGAAAAUGAAGCUGUGGCUGCAACUUCGGGGUCUAAUCCUGCACCUGCUAACUGAUUUUCCGAACAAACAUAUUUUAUAUGGACUCAUGAAAGAUUUCUCAUUAUGUAAAAACAAUGGCUGAGGGUUUAUAGAUAGCAAAUUUUUUAAAAUUUUUUUAGAU